UGCUUUGUUUGAACGCGCACGCUCGGGCUCGUGUUGCUGCGCGUGCUAGUAUGCGCGCUACUGAGGCAGCUCGCUGGACGUCUUUUUUUUUUUUUUUUUUUUUUUUUUAUUAACCGCCGUUACGGUGUUGAAAUCGCGAGGAGUGUGACACAAGAGCGCGAGACAGGAGCGCGCCUCCGCGGUAGCGCGGAGCCGGCCCGCGACAGCACGGCACGGCGGAGUCGCGCGGAGUUGCAGUACUUCACUCCAGACGAGUUUCACUCACUUCACAUCCGGGUUUUUUCCCUAGGCAAUGGGAGCCGCAGCACCGCCGUUCCUUAGGCAAACCGGGAGCUGGAGAGAGGAGGACCAUUUCCCGGCCAGGUGUGGUAAUCCUGAGUUCACUUGGAUGGUGUUCCAAACGGAAGACGGUGUGCAGGCUGAAAGCUCACCUGGACUGACUUGCAGGCAGAAGGGAUCGAUGAUGGAAUUACAAGCACUACAGGAGGCCCUGAAAGUAGAAAUACAGAUCCAUCAGAAACUGGUUGCCCAGAUGAAGCAGGAUCCUCAGAAUGCUGAUCUGAAGAAGCAACUUCACGAACUCCAAGCCAAGAUCACAUCACUGAGUGAGAAGCAGAAAAAGGUGGUGGAGCAGCUGAGGAAGGACUUGUUGAAGCAGGAGCAACCUGAGCUCAGGGCGCAAGUCCAGCCCCCGCCUCUGUCAGCAGAUGGCAAGCACACAGCACAGCUGGCAGCACUAGAAGGCAAAGCCUCUGUGCUACCAGCAGCCCAGUCCCCAGUACCCCUGCCAGCAGGAAGUCUGGGUGCCCAGCAGAAGACUUUGACAGUCACCCCAGUCAUUGCCACUAAGACACUACCUCUGGUGCUGAAAGCUGCCACCCCAGCAACACCUGCUUCCGUUGUGACACAGCGGCCCACGGUAGCCAUGGUCACCGCCAUCAGCAACGUUACAAGUGUAGUCAACUCAGAAACACAGAACACACCCAUCAACCUUCAGACGGCAAACAAGUUGACCAGUCAGGGAGGAGAGGGUGUGCGAAUAGUCUCCAAGAACGCUGUCGUCGUGCAGCCCACCACCACCGCUCAGCCUAUCAAAGUUCCUCAGUUUAUCCCUCCUCCUAGACUGACGCCUCGACCCAACUUUCAGCCACAGGUCCGGCCUCAACCUAUCACACCUAACAAUGUGCCCAUCGCUCCCGCGCCACCCCCCAUGAUGGCGGCGCCACAGCUGCUUCAGCGACCGGUCAUGCUGGCCACAACGAAGCUGACUGCCACCAGUGGUCCCAUUCAUCAGGUGCGCAUCAUGAAUGGCCAGUCAUGCACUGCUGUUGCCAAGACCCUGCCUGGUGGCCAGCUGGCAGGCAUUGUCAUCACCCCACCUGCUGCACCCUGCCUACCUGGUACCCCGGUACCUCAUACUGGGGGCCUCACUGCUGACACCAAGACUGUUAAUACUCAGGGUGGGACUGAGCAGAAGGCCACAGUCACGGCUCCUUCCUCUCCCACAUCCACACCUUCGGCUUCAGCCAAGCCAAAGCGUGAUGAGAACCCCCAGAAACUGGCCUUCAUGGUGUCCCUCGGACUAGUGACGCACGACCACUUGGAAGAAAUUCAGAGUCGGAGACAGGAACGCAAGCGGAGAACAACGGCAAACCCUGUGUACAGUGGAGUUGUGUUUGAACCGGAGCGCAAGAAAAGUGCAGUGACCUACCUAAAUACUCCUCUUCACCAAGGCACCAGAAAGAGAGGUCGCCCUCCAAAAUACAGCAAUGUUGCAGAGCUGGGCUGCCAUGCCCCAACCUCCCCCUCCAGCAGCCAUGCCGCCUCCCCGGCCCCAGACAAAGCCAAGAUGGGGGGCUUUCACUUCCCCGUUCACCCCCAAGCCACCCUCCCCCUGCUAAGCCCCAGCCCAGGGGAUGGAGACAUCCAUGAGGAUUUCUGCACUGUGUGCAGACGCAGUGGCCAGUUGCUCAUGUGUGACACGUGCUCUCGUGUCUACCACCUGGAUUGCCUGGAACCCCCUCUCAAAGCCAUUCCCAGAGGCAUGUGGAUCUGUCCCAAAUGCCAAGACCAGAUACUGAAGAAAGAAGAAGCAAUUCCAUGGCCAGGAACGCUGGCUAUUGUGCAUUCCUACAUUGCAUAUAAAGAAGCAAAAGAGGAGGAGAAGCAGAAAUUAGUAAAGUGGAGCAUAGAGCUAAAGGAGGAGAGGGAACGGUUGGAACAGCGUGUCAAGCAGCUCAGUAGCUCCAUCACAAAAUGCAUGGAGACAAAGAACUCAGUCCUGGCCCAGCAGAAGGAGAUGCAGGCUUCACUGGAGAAAGUGAAGAACUUGGUGCAGCUCAUCCAAAACACGAGCCUUGCGCAGUGCCCAGACACAGCAGCCUCUCCCGGGAUGGUGAACGGAGGAGCAAACUGUGCAGGCAACGGUACUCUCAACAGCCCAGCCAACAGUACACAGCAACCAGAAGAGGAACAGGGAGAAGGAGAGGACCUCAGAAACAACAGUGGCAGUGAUGGAAGUGACAGCAAGACCUCGGAGUCCAGCAAGUCUCCUGUGCCACCUCCCAAAAGCAGUUCAGACAGUGAAAAAUAGUUUUCACUUUGUGGGUGAGAGAGACGAAAACUAGGACUAUAAAGAGAGCAAGUGCACACUUGCACCCUGAAAGGUGCCACCAGUUGCCAAUCAAUAUAUAAUUAUAUAUGAAAUUAUAUAUAUCUAUAUAUAUAUAUCUAUAUAUAUAUAUUUAGUCAUUGUUGUGUAUUGUUGGAGUGUGUCAACAAAAGAUCAGCAUCCAGAAUGCCAGCCUCGAGACCUGGAGGAGACAGAAGUAGACAGUACCAGCAUCAUGCCAACCAAUGGUAGAGAAGUCACAAUAACAAGGCCGAUAAUAAUAAUAAUAAUAAUAAUAAUAAUAAUAAUAAUAAUAAUAAUUUAAAACAUCCCGCCAGUGUGUGCCUGCAACACUCGCCCUGAGCCUCUCUUGUGGGGAUUUUUUCUUAGGUUGUCUCAGUCUCCGAAUCCAGGGCAGCGGGGUCUGAAGAUGUCCAAAGACUGUGUGUUUGCCAUGAGACCCUGCUGGUGUGUCUCCAGCAUGGAUGGGUAUGAAACUUAAACCAAAAGGACAGCACAGAAACCAGGAACAGGUCUAUUGGGAGUGUGGGGGAAAGUGCAGUAUUUUGUCCACAGUACAAGUCUUGUCUUUUUUGUGGGAGGCUGUCGUGCAUCUCUGUGACCAUGAGCAUUGUUGCAUUUGGACUUGGGUUGAAAAUACAAGAGCAUUCAUCAAAUCACCACCCUCCUUCCUGGAACCUUCUUUCACAAAAAAUGGCCACAAACACUGCCACCUGCUGUAAGGCCAGUGACAGUGGCAGGGCAGCAUGGCCACCAAGGAGGUCAGACCUUUGAGAAACUUGUCAGUGUGACGUACAGGAGUGUUUCCUAAGCCGGUGUAUCAGACUCCUGGCUGCAAACAUGCAAUCUCAAAACAUACCUUGUUUCCGGGGAGUAUUCUUAUAUUUAAAAAGAGAAAAAAAAAAAAAAAAUUCAGGUCUUCCUCAUGUUCAGAAAAAAAGAACAUUUAAAAGUGCUUUUCUGUUUCAUAAAACAAUCAUUUCUAAUAAAAGGUGUAAUAGUUGGAAUAGUUUCUUUAAAAUUUUCUUUUUUUAAACUUUAGGAUAUGUGGAUGUGUUGAAUUCUAAACUGCCAAAUGCUAUCAUAUCAAAAUCCAGCAGGGAGGUAUUUUAUUUAUAUCUGAUCAAGAGAAUUUUACAAAAGUGUGAUUUCAGCAAAUGGGUAAAACAAGCUUUGUUUUUGCACCUUGCUCAUACUAAAAAAUGUGUCUGCAAGACACAGGGUAAAGAGUGUAACAAUUACUUGUAGCCCAGGAGAAUUGAAAAAGGAACCUGGAUAUUAAAGCACAAUUAAUUGCAAGGAGUAUCAAAUUAAAGUCAUUUUUACUUUUUUAAGAUUUUUACCAAUAUUUUCAUUUAGCCUACACAGUAAAGGGAAAGCUGUCAUUUAAUUUUUUAAUCUUUCAAAUUUUUGUUUUGCACAGGUUUUGCAGAAACCUUGAAUAUUACAAAAGUUGACUGACCAUGAAUGCCUUUUGAAAUAUUAAGGAAAUGGACUGUUGGUGACCUUUACUUAGUUUCGGAACAUUAGUUUCAAGGUCUGAGUGAUCAUCACUGACCCUGCAAAGUACUAGAUGGAGAUGACAUGAAUUACACUGUAACCAGAUUAGCUAUGAUCAUUUACAAAAGAGUAAUUUACAAAAGAGUAGUUUAAUUUCUAUGUUACUUGUGAUGUGAGGAUGUACUGUUUGCCUUAAGUGCAAGCAGAUACAUGAGUCAACAUGAUUGGGUUUAGCUGACAUCAGCUUUGCCCACCCUUCAGAGUGCAUAUGUGGUCUGGUGGUGGCCCUGUGAAUCAUCUCAUCUUGCCAUUGUCAUGUGCAGAGACCUAGUGGAGUGAUCGUGUGGAUCUGUUGUUGAUAUCUUGCAUAUUGUGUAUGUCUACUUUUAAUGCCCAUAUAACACAUACCUAUGAUAAAGUGUUAGAACUGGAAUGCAAACCUCAUUGUUCAAUGGCUCAAUCAAAUCUGUAAGACAAAUGAUAUACAGUGAACGUUAAAAAUACUAUAAACAGUAUAUUAAUUCAG